AUGGAUUUGUCAACUUCUUUGUCAUCAGAAAACAAUUUUAAUAAAAAUAAAAAUUUCUCCCCAAUUUCUUCACCUGAUUUGCGCCGUCAAUUUUCUUCUUUAUUUUGGACCCCACAACAAGCUAAGAGAAUUGCUGAAAGAGAAAAUUCUAAAAAUAUUCCUGUUCAACCACAACAGAAUAAUAGAGAAUUUAUUGAAGAUGCUAAUCAUUACGCUAAUUCAUCAAAAGAAAUUAAUAAUUAUAAUUCUUUAUCUCGCCCUUCCAAUAAUCCUACAACAACAAAUUCGUCUGGUUUUGGUAAUGGUUCAACAGUUACAUUUUAUUCAAUACCAAUAUCUCAAAAAGAGCAAGAAAUCGAAAAUAAAAAUUUUCUAAAAAAUGAAAAAGAAAAAAAUGGAAAAUUAGAAUUAUCAAAUAAUAAUUUAAAUAAACAGCAACAACAAAAUGUUCAUUAUUCGGCUAUACCUUUUCGUAGAAGAAUUGGUGGACUAUUGGGAAGGUUUUCUUUUUUUUAA